AUGGCUGGCUUCCAUCACCCCGGAGACCCUUACUUCCCUAACCAGGGAAAUAAUGAAUGGUUAGAUGAGGAGCCUGAGGAAGACGCCGAAGAUGAAUCUGACGGGGAACCGGAGGCAGGAGUCGAGGGCGAGCCUGCUGAACCAGAAGAAGAACAGGAGGAGGAAGAAGAUGACAACAACUAUGGUCUUUCUAGAAAUGGUUUUCCUUCUCUUUUUGAAGAUGAUCUUCCACAAGUUGAUCAAGGUGAAAUAAUCUUUCCUUCUUCAAAUGGUGGAACUGAAAAUCAUGCUUCUCCAACUCUUCCUCCACAACCUCCGGUGAUUCUCCCCGACCCUCGUUUUGUCAAAAUGAAAAGUUCAUGGUUACUCAAGCCCUUUUGGUGUGCAAACACCUAG